CACUCAAUGCAGUUCAGUUCGUUCAGUGAGGGGCGAGCCAAGGUCUCAAGUCCAAGGGAGAAGUUUACCAGUCACAACACUAAGUAAGUAUCGUGUCAGUGCUGAUACAGUUGCAGAACAAGUUCUCCAAGCAUGAGAUACCCUCGCCUCCAAGGGUUCAACUGAUAGAUAGCGUUGGCCUGUGAUUGAUUCAUUUCGUAAGAUUUAACCAAGGCAUCUAUAAAUCCACUCUUUUCUUCUACCGUUUCCGCACAACUUCUCUUCCGGGCUCCCUGGCAAUUCCGUUACGACGCAAGGUAACUGUUGACUUUUGCCUUAGCUCUUUGCUGGGCCCCACACGCCCCCAUUUUGAGAUUCCUGGACUUCCAUGUACCUACUAUUCAUUCAUUCUCCCGUCCUUUCUCAACCUUAACGUUAACUUAUCCCUUUCCUUCCUAUUCAUUCCCCUUCCUCGACUAUUCGUCGUCAACUCGACAAUCUCUCACCCGUUGAGCUCUGAUCUCAGUCUCUACACAACUCGUACAACUAACCUCUGAGUUAUCCUCCCUGGGCCCCCGGCUCUAAGAUUCCAGAAUCAGAUCCUCAACCAACCAGGGUGUUGGUCUUGACUCUCCCAUUCCUGCUUCCCGACGCCAUCCACUUCAACUUUACCUGAGGUGACCUUAUUUUAUUUCAUCUCACCUCACCUCCCAAGCAAGCUGUGGCAGUGGCUGUACUAGUUACUGGUAGUCUUCUGCCUUGCCUUGCCUUACCUUACCUUACCUUAGCCUCAGGUAAUACCCAAGGUAAUUAAUUGGCAACCUGAGUUGCGACCAUUGACGCGCAAGUCAACUCACUUCUUUUUCUUGCAACUACCUAAACUCGAUUUUUGAUAACGCGCCAUCACCUAAUUCUCUGUUCUCUCGUCUUUUUUUUUUUUCUAUUUUUUUUCUCAACGCCCCCAACAGUCAACCCAAUUGCGUUUUCAUCGACUGAAACCAGUCAACUAACAAACAACUCUUUCGCGCCUCAGUAUAACCAAGUGAGAUUAUUCCUUCGAGUCGCGUCAUGGAAAAUACCGACAGCGACAAGCCCAGGCCGGUUGCGGCACCUGAGCCCAUAUCACCCGCGCUCUCUUCUGGUGUUCCCAAGCCUUCAACUUCUAGAGCUGCCUCACCAGCUCGUGUUCCGACGCCAGAUUCUGCCCGCGCCAUAAAGGUUAAGAGCCCUUUGGUUGAGAGCGCACCUGUCACCGUUGCAACAACUGCCAUAUCUGCCACCACAGCACCUCGAGCCGCAUCUCCACCAGCAGACAUGCCUCCAUCACCAUUACCGAGGGCAUCAACUCCAGCUCCAGUUGCCAGGGAUCGCGCUCCAACACCGGUGAACGCGCAUUCACCUAGUACUGCUAAUGGAAAGUCGCCAGUAGUUGCUCCGUCUGCCGCCAUAAGCGCAUCACCAAGCCUGACUGUAUCUCAUCGUGAUUUCUUGAGAGAUACGGUGACUUGUGAGUCUAAUCACAAUCGACGAAUCAAGCAAGUGGCAGGAUUUGAUCCCAAGCGGUGUCGAAUGUUGCCCAACAUGAACCGAACAGGCUGAAUCACUCACUCACUCACUCACUACCGCAAGUUGCAUUCACUCUCUUUAGUUGGAGAUGGAGCUAUAGCUAACUCAACUGCACUGCAACUUUCCUGCUUCAAUGACAACUGGCAGCAGCGAACGUCUCUCUUGUUUCAUCCUGGCUCAAACCUUCUUUCCUGCUCACGCUUUCAUCUUUGUUUUUGUAUUAUUUCCUCUUGUUUUGCCUCAACAUACAACCUCGUCUUUCAAACUUCUUGACAAAAUUAACUAUACUUUUGACCUUUUUACUGGAAAAGAGGAGGAUUUGGAACCAACCACACGCUCUCACAUCCACCCUCAGGGUGUGGACCCAAGACUGUGGUUUCUGCCAAAGACCUUAGGUACCCCAGCUCUUCUUCCCAUUCCCCCUUUGGUCUCACAUCCUUGCCCCUGUAACAUCGCCAUCUUUCACCUCGUACUGUAUCAUACACCCCUGCAACCACACCGGGCUUCAUCAACCUAACAAACCUCACCUCAACUUGACAAUAGAUUCGGGAUCCUGUCAGCCUCAGCCCGCACAUUUUCUUUUACUAUAUACACCGAUGCUCUAUUAGAUCGAGUGGUCCUUGGUCAUCUUACUUUCUACCCGAGUUCAGCGAUAGUUGACUUUAUUCAAUGCAUUUGUCUUAUAUCACACUGUGUUUCAGGAUAUAGCGCUGGCCAAUGAAUCGCAUCUAACUCAACCUCACAGACAGAUCAACGGUCGCAAGGUUUCUAUCGGCGAGGCAGAUGCUGAAAGCGAGCUAAGUGAGCCGCUGAGCACUGUGCAUUCUCCGUCAGGAGUCGACUUCAACGAACUUGAGGACGAGAUAGUAGUGGGCGCCCGCACUAACGGUAUUCGCAAGUCGUCUCCUCUUCGACCAGCAUCUGAAGGCGAUGACGAGAUUAUGAGAGAUGCUGAGGAUGAGCCCGUGGCUUCCCACUACCCAAAGAGAAAACGCAACUCCAUUUUCCAGGGCCUGAAUGAGAGGAAAAUGGAGCCGGUGAGGUCUCUCGCUGACGAACGACAACCACAAGCAACAGCAACGAAGAGCAAGCCUCCACGUCUGAGCACCGGAAGUGUCAAAGGCGUCACCAUUGGAUAUUGGAGAGACUCAGAGGCUCCCACUGUGGAUCUUAAACAUGCUGUCAUUGGUUUCAUCGAUGUUCGCGAGCGAUUACGGACCCGUAUCCAGCCCACCACAUUAUCUGGAGAAACAAUAUCAGACGAAUAUCCUUUGCCACCGGGACCUGGCGGAAGUUGGGUAACCUUUGACAAGAUUGUGUUUUUGGAUCAUCUUGUGGGCUUAGACCAGCUACAGGUCAAGGAGUAUGUCAAGAUCCGUGCCGAAGCAACUGGGACAGACGAGCUUGAGGGGGAGAGAAUUGCUGCCGAGAAGGCUGCCGUUAAAGAAGCAGUUCGUCGGGCCAAUCUCAACUCCACUGCUGAGCACGGCACAAAUCUUCCUCAGCUCGCUUAUGGUGUUGAUCUUCCCGAACACUUGCAACAGAAUCGCGAUGCUAAAAGGAGGAGGACGAGCGGAGGGUUUGCGCCAGCCAACCCUCCUCCCUCAAAUGGCCCUGUCAUCGAACACACUCCCAUUCAGCCAGCCCCCGGUGGCCCGCAACCUUUGCGGCAUACUGUUGAUCCCCUGCCCGGCACCAGGCCUACUAGAAUUCUUAUUGGGCAUUGGGCAAAGUCUAACUCGCCGGACCCCCGUGAUCGCCAUGCAGUGUACGGGAUCUUGGGACAGAAUGACAUGUUCCGCGUUAAGUUGGUACGAGAGACGCGCGACGGACGUUUCGUUGAAGGAAACUUUCCCGCUGGGGCUGGUGCACUCUGGAUUGCAUACGAGGAAGUUGCAUUUGAGCCACACUUGAAAAACCUUGCACGGAACGAGAUCAAGGAAUAUUGCCGUGUUCGGCAGUACCAGAUAGAUAUGGGAGAGAAAGAAGGGGACCGAACUUCAAACGAGACCAAGGCUGUUUAUGAGGCACAGGCAAGGGCUGCGGGGACGAAUUACAAGGCGCCUGCCCCAUUGUCUAUUGCACCCGCUCUACCCCGUCUUCCAGGCGAUUAUGGAGAAGAAUCUGAUCAGACAGGGCGAAUGGGAUAUGGUGGCCAUGAGUUGCGUCAGAGUCGCCGCGUCGAGGCCGCCAGAGCCGAAGCACGCCAGUCAUACAUAGAUAUCGACACUCCCCCUCAGCCUGCGCCAGCUCCUCGCCAAAGCACGAGUAGAACAUCGUUGAACAACAAUGCGAUCGAAAGAACAUCCGCUCUAGCGGAGCGUGAGAUUGCACGCGUCGAGCUCGCUCAGGAUCGCGCUCAUAUGCAAGCAGUGAAUCGUGAACGGGCAGCAGCCGCGGCCGCUCAGGCAGCCCAAGCAGCUGCAGCAAACAUCCCCGGUAUAGCUGUUAAUGGACGGCAACAAUUACACGAGCGGGACGAAAUGCAACGUCUUAAUAAGGUCUGGGCACGUCAGGAAAGCCUCCGACUGAGAACGAAUGCCGAAGACGCAAAGAUGUAUGCCGGGGUGAAAUAUGAACGCAAGACGCAAGGCCCAUUUACCGGGAAACUCGUUUCACAAGGCACCAUUAUCAAUAUUGACGGCGAGGACUACAUCGAGUACCGUGUUCUCGCUAAGCCAUCAUUCUUCUAGAAUGAUGAUUGAGGCAUAUGAACACUAGGAAGCACCCAUCAUAUUGGACCAAGCGCUUAGAAGCAGAAACAAAGCCCAAUACAUCACCAGCUCACAUUACCUUUAAUAUUUACCUACACAUCACCUGCAGCAAAACGCCUUUGUGUCAGGUUCAACUUCCGUAUACGGUGGGAAAGGAGAAGACUUUUGACAAGAUGUUGAAUUUUGAGCAAGACAGAAGUCUGGGGGGAUCUACAAAAAAGGACUCGGCCCACUUGCACUAGAAUGGCUGUUGAUGCUAACAUUUUAUCUUGUUUUACUUUUCUUUUGUUGUUUUAUACCUGAUGGUUGUGUUUCGUCGUACUAUAGCUCAAGGCUGGGAGGUGGGAUGGAUGUGUCUAGCAGAUUAGACUCCGCGGAAACGGAAAGGACGGUGUUUGGGGUCGGUGUGCCGCAGAAUUAUACCCGGUAUGGGCAGACGGUAUUUCAUUGCUCUUGUAUGAACUAGACAUACUUUUUCAUUAUUAAUUGAUGCUCUGGAAGCAUAUACUGGACCGAACUUAACACCGUGACCGCUAUGCCCAG